AUGGUAAGAACCGCGAUUAUCUCCGCUCUGGUAUGCAAAAUGUCGUACUGUCGCAUGAAUGAUGGCUGGCGAACGCGGCAAUUACUGACAUGCAGAUGCGUCGAUGUACUGCGCUGUUAUGCAAGAAAUUCGGCGUCUUUAAGCUGUUACGAGCGCAGGCUGUCUGUUAGCGACUAUUUCUGCGCGCCGCCAGUUUCAGAGCAUGACAGUCUUCUGCCAGUUCAGGAGCGAGAAGAAAUGACGAUGAGAGGUCAUGAUAUGGUAGAACACGACGACCUACUAAACAAUCAGUUUAGCGUACACAUAUUGCAUUAUGCCAACGCCCCAGUGCUGACACGGAAGAAACCGGACGUUAUGAUUAGCGUGAAAGAUUUGUGUAGUGUUCUGAAUGCUCUCAGUAAAUAG